AUGAAUUGGCGUAAAGCCGCUACAACGAUGGAGGCAGAUGCUGUUGCAGAAGGCUUUAAAAAAAGCAUUGAAUUACAAGGGCUAAAAUUUAAUAAAUUAAUUAGUGAUGGUGAUUCUAGUGUAAGUAAAAGAUUGGCAGAAACAAGACCCUAUGGUCCAAAUUUUACUAUUGAAAAAAUAGAAUGCCGGAAUCAUUUAUUGAGGAACUACGGAACGAAAUUAGCAAUGAUUGGUAAAAAUACAAAAUAUCCUAUACAUUUGAGAAAACAUAUUUUGAACAACGCGAAAAGGUUUAGGUCUGCUAUAACAAAAGCUAUUGAUCAUCGUAAUAAUUUAAAACAACAAACCAAGUAUCAAAAAGUUGUAGGUAGGUUACCAUCACCAACUUAA